GGCAUCCAGCAGCAGCCGUGCACAAUUUCUUCAUCCCAUGGACCGAGACCAUGGUGCGAACGGAAGUCUUUCUGCAUGAUCCGCCAUCGAUGGAUGAGUUGCCCACCAGCCAGAUUUUGCCCGUGAUGCUGGUGGCCUCGCUGAGCCUGGUGCUGCUGCGGGCGGCGGUCUUGACAUAUCAGCUGUUCACGGAGAUGGACGACACAGGUGAACCCAGUGGCAAAAGCAUCCCCAGGGGUGUGCCUUUUUUCGUUGCUGCAUUGGCCAACGUCCUCAUCAGGCUCGGAAGCGCAACGGGUCAUGGUUUGCUGGCGAUCAACUGGGUCUUAGCAGGAGCAGAGCCGGGAAUGCAGCUGGUGGCGUGUUUCGUACUUGUGACAAUCAAUACCCACAUGCUCUCGUCGGUGGCGCUGGUCGUGCAUCUGCGGUCCUUGUUGGCUGCAGUGGCCAUUUGCCACCAGAGCCGUGUGAAAUUUCAAGGCAUUUCGCACUUGUGGGGCGCCCCCGCGGGCAUCGCCUGUCUGGCUCUGAACGGCAUCUCCACAGCGAUCCUCCUGGCGCAUCUCUACGAACGCCCUGAGCGCAUCGUCACGUGGUUGGCCACUGCGGCUGGAUUUUUGCUUUGGGCCAACAGUAGUUUCCGGUCGGUCGGUUUGAUGGAUGGACAGACUUGGAAGGAGAUCUCUGAAUCAGAGCUGGACGACUCUGCAAUCUCUGUCAGCGACUUUAUGAGGAGUCUUGGAAUCCGCCUCGAUGAUGAAGCCGAUCGUGCAACGGCCGCACCGUUUUGGUUGCAGAUCUUGCGCUUCAACUUCAAACAUGACGACGAACUUCUCCUCCGGCAUCGGCAAGCCUUGCUUCGGCGUGCGUAUCCUGCAUCGCCACGCUUGCGCAUCGCCCACGGUGCCACUGUGCUGUUGCUGGCACUUCUCAGCACCGCUGUCCCUGCGCUUUUGGUGGCGCACUGCCUGUCCCGCGUGCCCUUGCUGCGCGACGUGGAACUGGUGGGCGGCGUAUAUUUUCCCAGUCUGUCCAGUUCAAGGCAGGACUACUACAUCGCAAUCGAGGAUUCUGGCAGCAACGGAAUCAGCAUGACCUUUCAGAUGGAAUUGGGCGAGGCAUCUUUUUAUCGUUUCUGCUGCCGAGACGCUGGUUGCUCUGAGAUUGAAAGCAACGAUCAGAAGUCACAACUUCGUUUGAAGCUGAUGAUUGCUCCACAACAGUUUGGCACCUGCCAACUCCAACUGAGAGGUCUACAAAGCAACACCUACAAUUUCACAGUGCUAUCUUUGAGACACCUUUCCACUGCGAUGAAUGCUGAAUUGGAGGCCCCCUUUGCUCCGUAUCGCGCAAAACAGCAUGCCUACGACUCCGACUUGGUCAAGCCGGAUGGCGUAGAGGAGCUGGUGCUGACCAGUACGCUCCAGAUCGACGCCUCUCGCAUCCGGCCCUCCCUGGUGGCGUAUGGCCUCCGCGCAACGAGCAACGCGUCCGCGUACGACCUGACGCUGGAGCAGUCCAAGACUUACAGCUCGGUGACGCUCAAGGCGAACAUCUCUGAGAUUCGUGAUGCGUUGAAUGUGACGCUGAUCAUCACCUUGCAACCGGAGGAUGAGUCAGUGAACUUACCUUCACAGAUCAACUCUAAUGUGUAUCAGGUGUCUGUGCGAGUCUUCACCAUUGAAGAGAGGUUGAAACAAUUGCUGUCAGAAAUCUCAGAAUUGCAAGGCCGCAUUGACGCGAACCAAGAGAUGUCUUCCCAGUUUGAACUCGCUGAGAACUUGCGGAAGUUGGAGAAAGCCACGGUGGCACGGAAUGAGCUCCUGCGACGGGCAUAUCGAAAUCAACAUCCUGACACCAGAUUCGUGAACUCAGAGCGCGUGACCUUCCUGACCAUUGGCGUCACCGGCACGGGCAAGUCGGAGUUGUGUCGUUGGAUGACUGGCAAGGCGGACGAAUGUCAAAGCAGCGAUAGCAUGGAGUCACACACCAGUGAAAUCCAUCGAAUCCAAGCGCAUGCCUUUGGCGACAAUCGCUUGCAGCCUUUGAUCGAAUGGAUCGAUACCCCUGGGAGAGGAGACACCAGGGGUGAAAGUUUUGACAGCAAGCUUUGGAACCGCACCAUGUCGCAGCUGCUGCAGCGCGGCAAAGAAGGCGCCGUCAUCGACCGCAUCGUCUGGGUGGUGAACGCGGCCUGGCAGCGGGCCACGGAGCUGCGCAACCGGAUGCUGCAGGAACUGCGUAUGUCCUUUGGUGUGGACCUGUAUCAAAACCUGGUGAUCAUGUUGAACUUCCUGCCUCACUCAGCCAAUAAGACGGAGUAUGACGAAGUGAAACGAAGGCAAAAGGAGAAAUUUGUGAAUUGGAUCAUGAAACGAGAGGACGAGAUGUUUCACUGGCCUCCGGCACUUCGUGAUGGCAUUGAGAAGGAAGUGACCAAUAUUCAAGUGUAUGGUGCCAAUAUCAAUCCCAAGUACCUCAAUUCAAAACCAGGUGACGUGCCCAUCUCUGCUCCUUACCUCCACAACUUCCCACCCUUCUCGCACCCCGCCGGAGUCUCGGAACUCAUGGCCAUGAUCCGCGAUACCUGGGAGACGAAGACGGGCACCAGCGGGUUGCUUCUGGACAAUCCACAUCCUCGCAUUGGUCCUGGAAAAUUGGAGAACGUCUCUUUGGACUUCAAAUGCAUUUGGCAAGCCCAAGAGGAUGGUCCAGACAACAGCGAUCUGAUCAUCAAACCUGACGCUCAACUCCAGGUGGAAGGGAAGUCCUUCUCACAGUGGGACAAGGCUUUGGUGGUGCACAACGACUAUGCCUGUGGAGUUCGAGAUCCUGACGACUGGAUCUACUUCGAUUGGUUCGACAAGCGCAUGGAGGUCGCGGUUUUGGGUGCAGAGAACACUUCUUCCAGGUUUGAUGUGAAGGAGUGGGGCGAGGGUGAAAAGCAGAAGCUCUGCUUCUGCGAGGCUCCCAGCUGCAAUGAAACCUGGCGCUUUGGGCAAGAGCAGCCUCUGCCGACCAAGCAGUGCCCGGAGCUUUCGGAAGCCUUGAAGCGAAUGCCGCUCGAAGAGCUCAGUGCCGAGAAGGGCACCACGCUGCAGAUUGACGGGGCAAACAGUAAAACAUCGCCGGCCUUUUUCCUCGCUUCUGUGCAAGGGCGUGUUCUGGGGAUUCCAUCGGAGACCGCGACCGAAAGCGUGCUCUACGAAUUUCACUUCGACGGUGGAGAUGUUGCCCCAAGGACCACCCAACACAAGUUGAAGGAGGAGUAUCGGAAGAAGUGGCGCAGCUCUAGUGUACUUGGUACAAGGCUCUUCGCCUUGGACCAGAGUGGAGAAUUUAUUCUGGUGGUGGAUGUGGACCAGGACUCAUUGGGCUUCUCUACGCUUGGUCCCAUGAUGCAUGGCGAAAAUGAGGCGGAGUUCCCCUACAACGGCCUGGUGGCAGCUCCGAGUGGCCAUCUCUACUUGGUGCCGGGCAAGGCGUCGCAUGUGGGCAUCAUAGAGAUUGAGCAGCCAAGCAGGUUGAAGAAGAUCAAGCUACCUCCCGACAGUGCCAGCUGUUUGCCUAACCUUGGCCCUGGGUCGGUGGUAGAUGUGGAUCUACGAGGAUCGGUGCCACUUGGGGAUCAUCGAGGAUCGGUACUUGGGGAUCAUCGAGGAUGGGUGCCACAUGGGGAUCUGCCAGCACCAGAUCCAAGGGCAUUGCACCCUGACAAGCUGUGCAAUCAAUUCGCGAGUCCCUGUUUGGCAGAGGGGAAAUUGUUCGCGCCGCCCUGGGAAGCUCGCUCUUACCUGGUUCUGGACCUGGAGAAACCCGAAGAAGAGCCAGAAUUCGUCCCUGUCACAAAUCAAUAUUGGGCAUGGGCCGCAUUUGUUGAGUCCAAUGGCAUCAUCUAUGGCUGUCCCUACUUUGAACAGGAGGUGUUGAUCAUUGACGCCAAGAAUCACAAGAAACACCAGCGACUCAGUCCUGCCAAGGAAACCUCUUGGACGGACCUCAUUGCAGUGGGAGGACAUCUCUUCUUUGCACCAGGCGGAGACGGAGAACCAGUGAUCAUGGAUCCGAAGUUCAGCAGUUUCUGGAAGUUUCCUGAGGACGAGACCUCGAUGCCCUCAGUGCCCCAGCAGAUGCCCCGGCAGGGCAUCCGCAAGCAGGGCCGCACCAAGCGGGCUACGCAGCGCGCGCCGGCGCGGCAGCGAAUGACGAGACGACCGGGGAAAGCGAAGAAGUCCUACGGGAAAAACAGGAAAGCCAAUGCUUUUGGCACCGGAGGUCCGCAGAAAGGAAGUGAUCAAAUUCAAAAAUGGCAAACAUGGAAGAAAGUCUCCAGAGGCAGCAGGACUCCCAUCGAGAAGGUGCGAAGAACCAUUGUGUCGCUGGGAAACAAGUUGAUCUUGAGCCCAGGAAAUUCGAAACAUUUGCUGAUCGUCAACUUGCUCAGUGGCAUCAACACCACUGUGGAGGAAGACGAUGAAGUGCUGAGUGUGCGACAAAGGCUGGAUAAACAGCUUGAAGAAGAAGAAGAAGAAGCUGGAUAAACAGCAUUGAUGAGA